AUGGAGGCGACUCAUCUGGGUCUUUCCGAUGGCGACCUCCGCCAAAUAGUGGUUCAAAACGCAUCCGACCAAGGCCGACCGGCAGGCGAGCUGGGUCGUAUCGUACGGACCUCGUUACAGCCCUUCAACCCCAGUCCGGAGGGCUUUCUGGCGGCACACUACGCCCUUGCGAUCACGCUCGAGACUCCCAGUGGCCGCAAGGAAGAGUGCACCUUCUUCGUUAAGUGCCUUCCCACCGAGAAUGCGGCUUUGGCAAGGUACCUCGAGGAGAUCGGUAGCUUCCGAAAGGAGAGCCACGUCCUACAGGACAUCGUUGCAGCGAUCCAGCGAGUGUGUCCAUGGCGUACGAUCGCUCCAAGGGUGCUCUGGGCGCAUGGUGAUCGAGUGUUAGUCAUGAACAACCUCAAAAUCGCCGGUUACUCGACGGUCAAGCGCGAGAGUGGCUUACUGGAUGAACCAUUCCUGCGGCAGGCGCUUGAAACGCUUGCCUGUCUGCACGCUGGUUCGAUUGUGUUGGAGGAACGCAACGCCCGCACACUGUCGGAGCUAUUUCCUGACGUGUUGCGUGAGAAUGCGUGGAACUCAAACCCUCAAAGCACGCGUCAUCAGGAUGUCACCAACGUGAUCGAGUUGUACAGCGAGCUGGUUCGGCUGUGCGAUCACUGGCCAGAAAGUCGAAAAGCCGCCAUUUUGCAGCAGUUGCCAGCGCUAAUGCGACGUAUCUACGCGUUCGUUGUACCAUCCACCGAAUUCCGGAACACUCUCAACCACGGGGAUCUUUGGUGCAACAACGUGAUGUUUCGUUGUGAUGCCAAAGGACUCCCCAUCGGGUGUGCACUUGUGGACUACCAACUGAGCCGUUACGUGCCACCGGCGUAUGAUGUCAAUCUGCUGCUGUACCUCACGACAGAUCGGAAGACACGUGAAACCUCUCGUCCGGCGUUGCUGGACCAUUAUUACGAGGUAUUUGUGGGGGUGCUCGACUGUAAUGGGUUGUACGCGAGUGUCAUCCUGCCACAGGACUCGUUCCGAAGGUCUGCAGAGGUGUACCGAUUGGCUGGACUCAUACACGCCACCAUGAUCAGCGGAGAGGUGACAUUGCCGGACGUGUUCUUGCAGCAGGUGUUUGGCAAUCUGGAGCUGACGGGAAGCUUCAUGCCGAUCCAGAAGGUGCGAGUGUGUGUGAAAGCGUUUGAGGCGGACGAGUGCUAUCGAAACCGAUUGAUCGAGCUGAUGGAGGAGUUGUUCGCGCACAUUCAGUAGGCGACACGGAACUGUCAUGAAUGUGUGGUGUAUGUGAUCGAGAAGUGUCACACACUUGUGUGCUUGACAAACAGGCUUGCUUUGAUGGAUGAAAUUGAGGUUUCUUGCAGUGUUUUGACCGAGCGUUUAGGAAUAAAAUUGGAAGAAAUUGUAAUCAGCAUGAAUACUUCAUCCGCUGCAAACGUUCAAUGCUCCAUGAAGUUGAUUUGCCUGACAAUUCCCAAGAACGUUCAUAAUGGCACCGCUCGACGGGAAAGUAGCGACACAGUACGAUCGAUUGCCGAGUUCAUUGUAUGUCCACAAAUGUCCACAACCCGUUCAAUGUGA